AUGGGGGGCAUCGGUCCUGGUGACAGCAAGGUGACGGCCUACGUGACAUGAAUAUGGUGGUCCAGCGGAUCUAGCAAUUUGUUAGAUUCUGUCUUUAAACAAGACUAGCUGGAAUAUAUGGAUUAAAACAUUAAAACUGGGCUUCACUCCACGUCGUUCCGCGGCCUUCCGCGACAUUCUAUGAUCCCGGUUUGAACUGAGGCGCAGCCUUCUCCAUCUUUCUCCCUCCUGCUCUUCACACCUUACCCAUCGCACCUCAUUCCAUCGCCACCUCGAGCUCGCGACAUCCGAAGCGGUCGUCGUGGAAGCUCUGCAACGAAUACGGGACAAGUUGCAGCAUGCAGCAUAGCUACGGAUUCGAGUAAGUGACUUCAUGAACUGUGCUCUAGGUGUGGGAUUGUUCAGGAGCUAAUGGAAAACUACCAAACAGCAAUUCCCUUCAACGCGUCUUCGUUGAAUGUCAACCCUCGAGUUGCUUUCCUCCACCAUCAAUUGGUGACUGCAUUCGUGAGUUUCACGUGACAUUGGCUGUGCAGGCAGGUAUGACGGAAAAACUGAUACGAAAAACAGACAUUGGAUCGUCAGUGACAGGAGAUGACCCUAUCCCCGAAAAGCGGGGGCACCCACCGUGGCCUCUGUGGGAAAACGACAUCGAUGCCCACAAACACCCCUUAUUCUACAACAACGCGCGUGAAGGAAGCAGGCCACGGGAAAAUACAGCGGAAGGAUUGACUUCGUACGGUUGAGAAUCCGGGUCCAUGGGACACUAGAUGUGAGUCUUCACUGUCAUUGCUACAGAUGGACAACAGCAAGAAUACUGAUAGUUGUAAUAAACGAAUCACGCAGAAAAACAGGCUCUGGUUCCGUGGAUUGCGGCUCACCAUCCCGUGGCAGAUCCUCAACGGCUCGGUUCGGUGGAGUGACCGUCGUGUUGGCAGGUGUGUGCCAAUCUUUCAAAAGCAAAGCGUAGGGCAGCAGGACUAACUGACCGGUUGGACUGUAACAUCACAGGGGAUCCGAAGAACCCGUUAUUCCAAGUCAUCGCCUGCACAAAUUGUCGACGCUUGCAUCAUGGAAUGCUGACUUCUGGGGGGAAGUUGAUAGCCGAAAAAGUCGAAUACUUCCGACAUCGAGCAAUUCUGGCGCCCAAAGAUUCGCAGGUGGAUCAGAUCAACGACAUGGUGCUCGACCUGCUGCCGGGUGACGCUCAAACGUUCUACAGCCCGGAUUCGGUCGUCGAAAACGAAGACGAAUCACUGUUCUCGAUCGAGUAUCUUCAGAGUCUCAACAUCGUCGGGAUGGCGUUGAUCCACACUCGACGCGGGUCUUGA